ACUAAACGUUAAAUAGCAGUUGGUUUGAGUAUAGCUCUAACUGUUGUGCAGCUGCAGUACAGGCCAGGGAACCUGAGCUCUAGAACCUUAGCUCUUGCCCCUUGUCUGCGCAUCCUCAAGCAGUUGAAGAGGAAACGGUCACAAACCCGCAGGGUUCUCGGUGGCGGGAUCCAGAGACAGAUGGCUAAAGAGCGAGUGGGUGGAUAUGAGAGGGGUUCUCAGUUUUGGCGAAAAGUGCUGGGCGAACUCCUCUGAUCGAAGGAAAGCAAGCCAGCUGGCAACCAUGAAUGAAUGGAUGAAGAAAACUCCCUUGGAAUGGCAAGAUUACGUUUACAAAGAGGUCAAAGUGACAGCCAGUGAGAAGAAGGAGUAUAAAGGGUGGGUUUUAACCACAGAUCCAGUCUCUGCCAAUAUUGUCCUCGUGAACUUCCUUGAAGAUGGCGGCAUGUCUGUGACUGGAGUUAUGGGACAUGCUGUACAGACUGUUGAAACUGUGAGUGAUGGAGACCGUAGUGUGAGAGAGAAGCUGACUCAUUUGUUCAUGUCUGGAGACUGCCAGGCUUACAACCCUGAGGACCUGGAGGAGAGAAAGAACAGCCUAAAGAAGUGGCUGGAGAAGAACCACAUCCCCGUCACUGAGCAGGGCGAAUCACAGAGGACCAUCUGUGUGGCUCAGGUCCUGACUAUAGAGCCACCAUAUGGUCCAGAAAAUUGCAUCAGUUCUAAUGAGAUUAUUCUGUCCCGUGUGCAGGAUCUUAUUCAAGGACAUCUUACAGCUUCCCAAUAAAACACCAGAAAUUGUAAAUGA